AUGAUGCCGACGUUGCGGGACAGCACCAUGUCCCACCCCGGCGAGAAUUCCCACCAAGUCCGGGUAAAGGCGUAUUAUAAAGGGGACAUCAUGAUCACUCAUUUUGAGCCGUCCAUCUCAUACGAGGGUCUGUAUGGCGAGGUGAAGGACAUGUGCUCCAUGGACAAUGACCAGCUCUUCACCAUGAAGUGGAUAGACGAGGAAGGUGACCCCUGCACUGUGUCAUCUCAGCUGGAGCUGGAAGAAGCACUGCGUCUCUACGAAGUCAACAAAGACUCGGAGCUUAUUAUCCACGUUUUCCCAUGUGUACCAGAGAAACCUGGCAUGCCAUGUCCGGGAGAGGACAAGUCUAUAUAUCGGCGUGGAGCACGGCGCUGGAGGAAGCUUUACUAUGCCAGCGGUCAUGCCUUUCAGGCCAAGCGCUUUAACAGGCGAGCCCACUGUGCCAUCUGUACAGACCGAAUCUGGGGUCUGGGAAGACAAGGCUACAAAUGCAUCAACUGCAAACUGCUGGUGCACAAGAAGUGCCAUAAACUGGUCACAGUAGAGUGUGGCAGACCGAUGAUCCAGGAACCAAUAAUGCCUGGCCCACCAUCGAGUCAAAUAGACCAAACUGAACAGCCAGGCCCUCAGAAGAAAGGCUCCAGAGAAAGCUUGACUUACGAUGGAAACGAGAGAGAGGCGGGAAGCAGUGGAGACACAGGGAAAUCGCCCUCCAGCCUGGGCCUGGCAGACUUCGAUCUGCUCAGGGUCAUCGGCAGAGGUAGCUACGCCAAGGUGCUGUUGGUGCAGCUGAAAAAGACAGAGCGCAUCUACGCCAUGAAGGUGGUGAAGAAAGAGCUAGUCAAUGACGAUGAGGACAUCGACUGGGUCCAAACAGAAAAGCACGUUUUCGAGCAGGCCUCUAAUCACCCCUUCCUGGUUGGCCUUCACUCGUGUUUUCAGACAGAAAGCAGACUGUUCUUUGUUAUCGAAUAUGUGAAUGGUGGAGAUCUCAUGUUCCACAUGCAGAGACAAAGGAAACUCCCAGAAGAACAUGCCAGAUUCUAUUCAGCAGAGAUCAGUUUGGCGCUCAACUACCUCCACGAGCGGGGAAUCAUCUACAGAGAUCUGAAGCUGGACAACGUGUUGCUGGACUCUGAGGGACACAUUAAACUCACAGACUACGGCAUGUGCAAGGAGGGCUUGAGACCAGGCGAUACGACGAGCACUUUCUGUGGUACCCCCAAUUACAUCGCCCCUGAAAUACUCAGAGGAGAGGAUUACGGGUUCAGUGUGGACUGGUGGGCGCUGGGUGUGCUAAUGUUUGAGAUGAUGGCGGGCCGGUCGCCCUUCGACAUCGUCGGAAGCUCCGACAACCCAGACCAGAAUACAGAAGACUACCUCUUCCAAGUAAUAUUGGAAAAACAGAUCAGAAUCCCCCGCUCCUUGUCAGUCAAAGCCGCCAGCGUCCUCAAGGGAUUCCUCAACAAGGAUCCCAAGGAGCGUCUAGGCUGCCACCCUCAGACUGGCUUUGCCGACAUUAUGGGCCAUCCAUUCUUCCGAAACGUUGACUGGGACCUUCUGGAGCAGAAGCAGGUGGUCCCUCCUUUCAAGCCCAAUAUCUCAGGGGAAUUUGGACUGGACAACUUCGACGCCCAGUUCACCAACGAGCCCAUCCAGCUCACGCCUGAUGACGAUGAUGUGGUCAAGAAAAUCGACCAGUCUGAGUUUGAAGGAUUUGAGUACAUCAAUCCACUCCUGAUGUCAGCGGAGGAGUGUGUGUGAGGACGCAGCGUCUGUGCUCAUCCACACCACCCACUCUCUCUCACACACACACACACACACACACACACACACACACACUCUCUCUCUCUCUCAUGCACGUGUUACGUGGCGUCUCCGUGUCUUCAAGCUGCAUGGUUACGAGACAACCCAGGCGACAUCAACCUUCUGUUCGAGGGCCGCACAUGCACAGUAGAACGCUUAUUUGCCAAAACCAGUCUCACACUCUGCCAUUUAUAACCACUUGCCCUUAAGCCUACCUUCUUUCUUACUUAUUUUUAUAUCAUGUAAAUCUGCACUGAUAUCGAUUUUCUCAUCGGGGCCUCUUUAUCGGUAGCCAACGCGGCUACAAAGUUCUUCCAAGGUUGCUGUACAUCGGGGGCGGGGGAUGAGGCAUGGCCCCAAACAGAUAAACUGAACAUCCUCUCCUUCCAGCUGGUGGAGUGUUUUCAAUGCAUAUUUUAUUUGUAUAUAUAUGAUUCUACUAUAAAUGUUAGACAAGGCCUUUUUAGCUUCAAGCCACAGUCGGACAAAAGUGACGACUUAAUCAUCAUAAAGUCAUUUUGGAUUUAGCUUUGUCGCAACACCCCUUCUGUAGAGGAAAGAAUCAUAACACUAGCCUUUAAAAAAAAAAAACACAAGAGAUAAAAAUCUAUAUAUUUUUCUCAUGUUUUAUUUAACAACAUCAUUAUAUAUGUUGUUCUAAUGUGUAAAAUGUCCAGCCUGAGCAACGCAACAAAAGUAGCUCAGGCUUUGUUGUUGAGAUAAUCUGGAAAACAGAAGGUGUCUGCUUUAAGUCCCUUCACCCCAGAAUGAAGGAGCCUAUUCAGCAGCAUCCACCCAACACUAACAAUGAGUUUAGACUCAAACUGUGAAUAAAAAAAGAGCUCACUAUGCAGGGAAAAGAGCUGGAAGAGAAGCACAUCAUACCUGAACGCUGGAGCACAGACUUUACUGUGCAGACCAUCCUUGAAACAAAAACACUCACACAGGACCAAAAAAAUAUUUUUCUGAAAAAUGUCUUGCCGGUACGAGUAAGAAGGUAAAGUAUACAGACAGAAAAUGUGCUGUCCCAAGUCAUAGAAUUUACCAUUCAGAUUUCCUUUGCUCAUUUUUUAAUACUAUGCCUUUCUGAAACGUAUGGUCUGUCUUUUUUUUUUUUGUACUUUCUCCAUUCCAUGUAUGUCUUCUGUUGUAAAUGAAAAUACUAAGUGAUUGUUGAAAGGAGAGCUCGGUCAGAAGUCCAAAGGCAUGACACAGUGCUUUCUGUGAACUGUGUCUGCUGUGCUCCAUUUUUACCACAUCUACCAUAAAGUGAAUGAAAUAUUUUGUAGACCUGCUUCAAAGCAUAUAAAGACUCUGUAGAGCCGCUCUCUAACCCCCGACUGUAACAACACUAAGUGAUGGUGCAUGAACCUCCAGACUCUCGUCCACUCCAGCUUCUCUCUACUUGGAAAAUGUUAUUAAGCUCACGUGGCGACCGGAGGAGGGACUCAUUCAUCUGUUACACGUUACUUUAACUUUUUUUGUUACAUUUUUUUUUUGUUGUGUGAAUCAGAUUAAAUUUUGAAUCUUUUUUAUCACUACAUUGAUUCCAAAAUGUUACUGGGUGAACCCAAUGGAAACACUAUUUGUUGUAUUUGUUGUGUUUUGGGGAUGUUUACCACCCAGAGGACUCUGCUGACGUUUAUUAUUAGUGUGCAAAGAAAAAAACAGAUGGUAAAAUAAACAUUUUAUUUCUCUCCUUGUGGUAA